AUGUUCGGUAAUGGCUCACCUGUUCUUCUCACUCAGUUGCCACCUUACUGUGGAUAUACAACACCUACAUAUGGUGGCCUUGUCUAUUCUACACCCUAUGAUGGAUGUGGUGUUGAUCAACAGGGAGGGAGUAAUGUGAUGCGGAUGCAGUGGCAUGGAAACUCUGCAGUCAUUUCUUGUCCUAUAGCCUCUCCUCCUGACAUGUACAAUCCAGAGGUUUCCCUCACUGCACCUAGAGAAACAUCUCCUCCACCUACACUCAAACCCCAAUCUGUUGGAUACCCUCAGGCAUUUUUGGAAUCUUUUUGGCCUUACAACCAGCCUAAUUACCCUUAUCCUGGCAAGGUUUAUUCCACAGAUGAGGAGAUUGUCUUGACCACCACAACCAAACCAGUUACUACUCCGAUGCCAACAGAGAAGCCCCUACAGCCUUCAGAUUCCCAAAUGUUUUGGUCAUACUUCUACCCUAAUUACAAUUAUCCUGGGAAGACCCUGCCAAAGCCUCAACCUCCACCAACACAGAAACCUCAAAUCUCUCAGAUGCAUUGGCCAUAUUACUACCCAAAUUAUGGCAAACCAAUGCUUACAGAAAAACCAUUUCCAAGCCCAAUCCAACCACCACCUGUGAGCCCUCAAUCCUCAGGGUACCCUCAAGGAUUUUGGUCAUUUUACUACCCUGAAUACCAAUCUCCUGGCAGGCCAAAUCCAACAACAAAACCAUUUCCAGCUUCGGUGUCCGAUUCUGAAUCUGUUGCCCAAGCUCCACCUUGGGACUCUCAGUCCCGUUGGUACCGUCAAGGAUUCUGGCCAUUUUACUUCCCUCAAUACCAAUAUCCUGGUGGGCCAAAGCCUACAGAGAAACCAGUUUCAGAUUGUGUUCCAACCACAACAGUUGCCCCAGUUCCAUCGGAGAAGCCUCAACUUCCAGGGUACCCUCAAGACUUUUGGAAAUAUUACUAUCCUUACUAUCAUGGUUGGCCAAACCCUGCUAACAAACCAAUCUCGUCAGUUGCCCAAACACCAAUCCAGUAUCCUCAGCUGCCAGUAUACCCGCAGAUUGAUUGGUCGUAUUACUAUAAUCGUGGCAAACCAAAGACACCAGUUUCAGCUUCAAUCCCCACCACCCCAGCAGUUCCCCAACCACCACCCUAUAAACCUCAACCUCAAUACCCCCAGAUGUUUUGGCAAUAUUAUCCUAAUUAUUUUCAAGAGUUUUAUCCGCAAUACCCUAUCGAUCCUCCCAAAACCCCAACCGUACCACCACCUACAACCACCACGACCAUCACUCCUCAACCCUGUACUACACCUGUAGUUGUCAAAUGCGAGCCCGCAGAGAUCCUUGCUCCCAAUUACCCUCCCCAGUACAAUAUACCACAACGUUCUAUGUUUUAUGAAAAAGAUGCCUUUCCUAUUCAGUUCGUGGAUUUGUCUGAGGCUGAUGCAGAUUGAGUGUUUCGCAUGAUUUUGUAAUAACCAAAUGAUUGAGGGCAGAUAUUUGGAAUGGAGUCAAGUGCUACAACUGGCUUUGAAAAACAAAAAUGCUCCAAUGUGUAUGGAAAAUUGU